AGAUGCGAGUUGUACGUAGAUGACGUCACAUGUAAUCGACCCAAUAGGCGGGGUGACGUGCAGACGGAGCGACGCUACUUGUCUGCUGAACAGUGAGCAAUCAAAAGGUGAAAACGCAACGAUAACGACCGCAAACAGGAGCAGUGGGCGCCACCAUGCUGGCCCUUGGGGGGCUGCACAUCCUGCGGCAUUCCGUCAGAGCGUCCUGUGGCCCGGCCUUCCUCAGGAAGUAUCCUCGUCCUCCCGCUAGUUGCUCAGCUCCCCGCCAUCUGUCCUCCGGGGGCGCAGAUCCCGGAUGGUACCAGCAGGCAGCGCACUCGGCCCCCGUGCACCUGGCUGAGGACUUCCUGGUCCAGGUCCAACAGACCAGCGGUCUUCCCUGGUGGAUCGCCAUCGCCGUCAGCACCCUGAGCGUCAGGACGCUGAUCACGCUGCCCCUCGCCGCCUACCAGAUGCGUCUCCUCGCCAAGGUGGAGGCCCUGCAGACUGAGAUCGCGGCGCUGGCCAAGAGGCUGAGGUACGAAGUGUCCAUCAGGGCUGAGGAGCGAGGCUGGACGGACAAGCAGAGUCGGUUUCAGUUCCAGAAGAAUCUGCGGCGUUUGGUGUCUCAGUUGUACGUGAGGGACAACUGUCACCCUUUGAAGGCGUCUCUGCUGGUUUGGGUUCAGCUGCCGCUUUGGAUCAGCCUGUCCCUCGCCCUGAGGAACCUCAGCAACCAAGACUCGCCGCUGCAGGCCUGCUUGGCCACCGGGGGCGCUCUGUGGUUCCCCGACCUGACGUCGUCUGACUCCACGUGGCUCCUCCCGCUCGCUCUUGGUCUGACCAAUCUGCUCAUCGUGGAGGUGUUUUCCCUGCAGAGGUCCAACCCAUCGUCCGUCCACAAGUUGCUGACGAACGCCAUGCGAGUCGAUGGCGCUCUACUGGUUGUGCUCCAGCCUGGUGGGCUUGGGUCACAAUCUUCUGCUCCGCGCUCCCGCUCUCCACAAGAUCCUCAAACUUCCCACGCGGCGCUCCGAUACGCCCUACAAAGACCUGAUGGACGCCGUCAGCAGGAAGUACCGCAAGUAAACAGGAAGUUGUCGGCGGCCGGACAGGAAGCGACGCCGAAAUCCAGGAGCUGGUCCCGGGGCCUUCGGGACCAGGAGCGCGUCCGGGUUCGUUCCGCCUCCGUCCAAAAACCUUCUGGACGCCCUGACCAGGAAGUAGUUCAAGCAAACAGGAAGUUGUGUGCGUCUGGACAGGAAGUGGCACUGAAUAACAAUGAAAACGAGCGUGUGUGUGUGUGUGUGUUGGCUUUGUAUUGGACUCGCUGAGCCGAGCCAAGAACUUGUCUUCAUUUCCUGUCGGCCAUUUUCUGCCUUGGAUAAACAUCAACUGUGACCUGCCAGAAUUUCCUCCUUUUUUCUUUUCUUCAGCUGCUGAAAAUAAAAAAGACUCGACAAGA